AUGGCAGAUACUCGUCGCGCAGAAUGGUUCCUCUCCAAAGCAUCCCUCCAACCCCCUCCCCGCCUCGGCCGUCUAACCGAACCACCCGCACAAGAUUUCCUCCCAUUCAGUACUACCAACCGCGAUGCAGCCCGCCAGCUCCUCGUACAACAGAGAACCUCAGAUCCCAACUACAAAUCCCCAGACCGACAAAAGCGACAUCUCUUCCGCUCCAAAGAACAAAAGGCCGAGGCUUGCGAUACUUCACAAUGGAGCUUUACGAAACAUGAAGUUGCGAAAGCCUUCAAUGCGCUACUAGCACAAGAGAUACUUCCUCCGGCUGGCGUUGCGCAGGCUCUCUUGCUGCAUACUACACUGACAUCACUGGAUGAGCUUUGGGGUCACCUAAAUGAUGCGCAGCUGGAGAAGAGGAUGAAGAGGAACAGGAUGAGCGAGAUCUUGAACUUCGAUUCAAACGGCAUGACUUGGUUGGAUACAGUGACGUCCCGUGACAACUUCAACUACGUUCAUUUGUUGUGCCAAACACAAGCGAGCCAAGGGGUCUUGAACAGGGCGUUUGGCAUGGCCCUGUCCCGAUCAUCUCUCGAGUCUAUGAAGCUUCUGCUGAGCUUCGGAGCAGUGGCCUCUGACUACCAAGAUCUCAUCGGCCAACAUAUACGAGCCAGGAACUUAGAGUUAGUGAGGCUUCUACUGUCAGCGCCUAAUUCUAUGGCACCCUCGGAUUGGAAGGCAUGUCUCGAACAAGAUUUCGCAAGGGCAGAAGCAGAAGAAGCAUUGUCUCUCUCUUUCGUUCUCCUGCUCCUAUCUCACCGCCCAGAACUGGUCUCGGAAUCUUUUCUCCUCAGUGCACUGAGACUACAGAGUUAUCAAGCCACAGCUGUGAUGUUGGGCUACGCAUACUCCAAUCAGGUCUUCUUCGCCAUUCGUCAUCAGGUCUGCAAAAUCAUUUCUCAGUACCAGAAUGGUAACCAGAGACUAGCGUUCUUCACUCUCCUUUCUCAUUCUGGUCUUGUUGGGGACAACUUGGUCACUCGAGAAGAGCUUGUCAAGGAAGUUCUCGCUCGCCACUUACCACUUGUCAAGCUGCUUGUGCAUGCAGGUGUCGCGGUUGAUGUCCCUCCACACAACGCUUUGAAGUGGGCCGUCUCACAACUAGACUUUGACAUGCUGGAGAUUCUUAGACAUGGGACACUGUCGUUGCCUGCAUCCCAAGUACUGAGCUACCUGCCCGAUAACAUCCCAGAGCCUGACAUGGUUGAUUUCAUGAACAUGUUUGGCUCUAUGGGUCUGGGAGGACAACAGCUCGACUCAUGCCUAGUCCGUGCUGCGCAGAGAAAGCAACAGCACCUUGUCCAAACUCUGCUCCACUACGGUGCAUCUGUUGAAGCUGAAGAGGCUGCUGCCAUUCGCGCAGCUAUCAUAUCUGCUGAUCUGUAUGUGCUAAGCUUGCUUCUGCAAGGGCAGUGCGCACCGACUAUACUUUCAACCCUUAUCCCUACCGCCAUGGAGAUAUCACCAAGAACCAUGAGGUUCGGUGUGAUGCAAUGUCUCAUUCAGAAAGGCGUUGAAAGACAGUCACUCGGCACCGCUCUUCUGCAGCUCCUGUCUGAAGAGGGUAAUAUUGACUCUGAUCUCACCAAGCUUCUUAUCGACAAUGGUGCACCACUGGAUUGUACCUCGGACGUUGACGCUUCGCCGCUUGUACAGGCCAUAAAGAAAGGAGAUGUCACAGUUCUGAACAUGCUAUGCAGCGCGAAGCCCACAGCAGAGGCAUUGGCUGCUGCUCUUCCCUUUGUGUUCAACACUAUUGCCGCCUUUGGCUACGAUGUUGCGCUAGAAUUAAUAACCUUACUUCUCAAGCAGGGUGCAUCGGGUCCGCCACUGAACGAGACAUUUCUCAAGGCAAUUACAUCAGAUGUACCAGCCGGCUUUGUGCAGUUGUUGACUGAGCACGGCGCUGACGUCAACUAUUCGUCUGGCCAGGCUUUUGUGAUGGCAAUCGAGAUGGACAAGCCUUCACUUCUGGAGCUACUAUGUUCUUCCUCUCCACCAAUCCAAGCAACAGUCAAUGCUACUUUACCUAAGCUCAUCGAGACAAAGCACUACAGCCUCUCCAACACCGAGCUCUUCCUGAGUGCUGCAUCACGCGCCACCCCAAAACCAUCUCUCACGAAUACAUACGCUCUUAUCAAAGACCACCCACAGCGAUCAGAGCUGUUGCCAUGCCUUUUACGUCAUGGCUUAGACAUAAAUGAAGAAUCCGGUAUGAUUCUCUGCCUCGCUGUCCAAGAGCACGACAUGGACCUCAUCAAGUCCAUUCUUGCUCUCGACCCCAGCAUUGCGACACUUUCCAACGCCUUUCGUGAGGCAUGUCAAGUCGAAGAUUCGGAUAUGAAGCUUGAUCUUAUGGAACUUCUGCUAAAGAAGACUUCUCCAGCUGAGAUCGGUCAAUCUAGAGCCCUGCUCCAAGAAACCCAAGCCGCUCUUGAUGGAAACAUGGAUGGACUUUGGUUACUCCUCGGCCACAAAGCCAACGUCAACUUCAAUAACGGUGAAGCUGUUCAAGCAGCUGCAUCAAAUAGCGCAGGAUACCCGAUCAUCCUCAACAUGCUCCUCUCAGCUGGUGCUACAGAUGCUACCGUCGAGGAGGCAUUCGACGCUGCUAGCAACGCUGAUACACCAGCAAGCAUCAAGACUGGUAUCUUUGGAAGUCUGUUUGCUUUCCACAAGGAUAUUUCGGUUGAGAUUAUAUCUCGAGCUUUUGUUAAGGUUCUCGAAAGCCACCCUGACGAUGAACAUCUUUACAACUUGUUACUAGAGCAUGGCGCCGGCGCUCAGGUACAGCUUGCUACGUUGGAGGCUGCGGCCGAAGCCUCUCCAGGUGGCCUCUUCCAGAAGCUUCUGCGACAGGUCUCUGACUCUACCAUGCGCAAUGAGAUUUUUGAGUAUAUCCGGAUGCACACCACCAUGUCGUCGAUGGACAGACACCAGGCCUAUGAGACCCUCUUAAAGCAAGGCAUAGAUAAGUUCCAGAUGUCUGAAGCCCUUGUGGUGUCAAUUCGUAACGAACCUACCAAUCGGGAAAUUCCUUUGUUGCUCCUCAACCAUGGCGCCCAGGUCAACUAUAAGAAUAACGAAGCGUUCGCCGCGGCAUUUCAGUCGCGCAACUUGGAGAUGUUCGAACUCCUAUGCUGUUACCUCGUGAAAGGCGAGCAUGACGAGGCAGCGAAGCUCGUCUUUGAGCAUCCGUAUCUACGAGAGAAUCCCUGUGUUACAGUUGAACAGAGUGUCCGUGCGAAUAUCUACAGGAGUGUCCUGACCUGCAACAUCGAUCCGAAGAGUAUCUACACCACGCUCGUUCACUUCCUCGAUUCACCAGAGUCCAACCUUGCUAUAGUGGAGCUUCUUCUCGAGCAUGGUGCUGAUCCCAACGAUGAGGAUGGUCACUGUUUCUAUCUCGCGGCACGACACAAAGAGGAAUCUCACUUCCGGGCUCUUUGCAAACACGCUAACCUAUCAAUUAUCCUACCCACGAUUUCACGCCGGAUUGUGAAAGAGCACAACGUGACAAGGUGGUUCAAGAUCUGUCUUGAGAUGCAGCCAUCCCAAAUUGCAGGACUUUCAGACCAGCUUUUGUAUCAGUGUAUACGCAAGUUUCCAACCGGCACUGACUGUCUGGAUGUACUGUUGGGUGCUGGCCUAUCGCCGUCGGCGACGAUUACUUAUCGUCUGCAUAAGAACUGGGUGGAAGAGGAUAUUUCGUUGCUUAUUUGGUGUCUUGUAUCCCCAUUAAAAACUGGCAAUAAUGUUAUUCUUAAAUUGCUGGAACACGGAAGCAAAGCUUUGCCAGACUACGUGACCCCUGACUCCAAGAUACCCACCAUCUUUCUCACACUCCUCAACAAAUCACGAGCUCCCGUUCUGGAAGCUUUGCUCAAGCUUGAUGGCACCAAUGUUCUUAACCAAACCAUCUCCGGAUCAAAGUUCAGCUCUCUAGCUUCAUACCCGAAGAAGCCCAAACUUGAGUUUACAGCUCUCUUCGAAGAUGAGGACGAGAUCCCACCACGUGAAGCAUCGCUCUUCCUCGGUAAUCUUGACGCCUUCAAGUUACUGAAUAGCACCAUGCUCCCCGACGAUGGCACCCUUCAUCUAGCAGCUCUAUUGGCCCUGCCUGACUUCACAGACUGGCUUCUCUCAACCCACGAGCCAAACUACGAGGAAGAAAACUUUGGCUUCAUGGUUCCCCUAGCACUAACAUGCUACUCCAAGCCCUUCCCUUGGUGUAAAGUUGCCAACGAGGAACAAGAGUGGUUCGCCCGCUUAGAAGAGACCAUCAAGAUUCUGAUCCCAAAGACAUUGUCCAGUUGGAGGUACCGGCAGAAGCUUCCUUUGCAUCUUGCGCUGGAGAAUGGGAGCCAGGUCACUAUGGCUAUGUUGAACGUACUGAAUUCGAGGGGUAUCGGGAAUAGGGACAAAUAUCUUUAUACGGAUAAGACGGGCAUGCAGUACUCGCCUUGUGAGUAUGUUGAGGUGUUUGUAGAGGUUGAUGAUGAGGAUAAGAUGAAACUGGUCAAGAUUCUUCAGGAGCAUGGAUUAAACUGA